AUAGUACGCUGUUAAGAGAAUUUCGAAAAUAGUUAACAGCGGCAGUCAACUAUAAAUAAUGUAUGUAAUGCAUAUAUUUGAAUUAUUACAAAAUUAUAAUAAAAAUUCAUUGAAAUUAGCAUAUGUAUAUAAAAUAUGAUGAUAAUCUAAUUUUUCUUUGAGAUUAGACUUAUUAGGACCGUUUUCCGUUCCAUUCAGGAAAACUCUAGUUCACUUUAAGCUUAAUUGAAUAACUCAUAUAACAGUUUUUAGAACUUUGAUUUGAGUUGAAUUGCUCAAGUUUCUCUUGUGUAAGAAUAUCAUCAAACAAUAUUGUCCACAUUGUAUUCUUUCCUAAAGUAAACAAACUCUGAGCAGAUCAUAUUCACUCAAUCACACACAAAUACAUACUUACAUACCCUCGCCUUCUCUUGAACUUCCAUUUGAGUAUUUGCAGAGGCAGCAUAUUUGAAAAUCGGGUUCGUGGAGGAGAUGCUAUUUGCAUGGCUCGACUUUUCAUUCGAGGAGGCAUUCAGUUGACUAUUGACAUUGGUUAAUUAUGCAAGCAUAUUUUUUGUGAAAUAUUAUUUUCGAUUAUAUAUACGUACAUAUAUUGUUCAAUGAGCGACUACAGCUGUGAGUGCAAAUUUGAGGGCAAGACAUUUGAUAAGGAAUUCGACCGAAUGUGGUUGGAUAUAGCCGAUGAGCUGCGAAUGCAGCACGAAUCAACUGGCAUAGGUAAACUAUUUCAACACAAUCAGAUCGGCAGUCCGUGCGACAGUGGAUUCGAGAAAAUGUGGCGUCAGACUGAAGAGGAUCUGCAGAGGGAACAGGAGAUUGCAGAACUCACACAAAGAUUUUGGCAAAAGCUAAAUUUGAAACGUAAACAAUCACGAUGGAAUGUGUGCACAGUAUACCCUGUAUGCGAAAGUAAUAAGAGAGGAGACUGUUGAUUGCUUAACAAUAAUAAGAUGCAAAGUGUGAAAUUGAUUAAAUUGAAUAAAAAUGUUUAUUUGAUAUACAAUUAGUCGAUCCACGUCCAAUUCAUAAAUAAGUAAAUAUUUGUAUUAUAUUUAGUCGUACUAGAAUACAAUGUAAAGAUUAAGUUCGUUUUGGUUAAAAUAAUUUAUUGAUUCCAGAAUAUGUUUGCAAGCUCAACAUUCAAAUUGAUUGGAUUGAUAGUAUCAUAAUAAUAAAAGACUUAACGUAGUAAUUAA